CAGACGUGCGCAGCGAUGUAUCGUGUGGUAGCUUUUUCGUUUUUUAUUGUGACGUCAGCGUUGCCGAAUCCCGAAUUUAGGGAUGUUACUUCGAACAGUAUCGAACCCCAAGAAUCAGCAAGAGCCAUGGGCAAGGAUUGUGUGGGCGGGAUCUUCAGUCCGACCUGUUUAAAAAUCGAAGCUAUAUCGAUGAUUGAGAAACUGAACGGGAAAGAAGAACUGCAGUUGCUCCCCGGAGUCAGUAUCGUGAAGGAGCAGAAUAAGGUCAACAAGAGCAGGUCCGAGGAAUUUGCAGCUGAACUGGCGAGAGCUUUACCUUCGAGACCUGAAGAGAGAUUGGAUAAAUACCUUCUGUUCUCCCUUGGAAGCUAUUUGGACAGUCACACUGUAAAGUUAAGGCUCAUUGAUGAUGGUGCCGCGGAGGAAGCCAGAGCGUUGGCCGGGGAAGCGAGGGGAAAAGGCGGUUUGGGGGGAGGGAAGAAAGGUGGUAUGGGGGGACUGUUAGCUGCCGGUCUGUUGAUGAAAGGUACACUCAUGUCAGUCGGUCUCGGAGCUCUAGCGCUGCUAGCUGGUAAAGCUCUCAUGACAGCAAUGAUGUCGCUCUUACUCUCAGCGAUCGUGGGUCUCAAGUCGCUGUCAGGAGGCCAGAAGUCGACAACGUACGAAAUCGUAUCGAAGCCUAUAUACAGCCAUUCUCACUCGCAUUCAACAGCCCAUGAAGAUGUAGGCGGUUAUGGACAUUCGGGAUAUGGUAGAAGUCUAAACGAGAAGAGGCGUUAA